CAGGGCGGAGUCGACCGUGAAAGUGAGCAUUAUCUACCGUACCGGUUGACAAUCGGGACUCGACGAGGCACGAAUCUCCUCGCACUGGCAGCGGCUGGUCGGCAGUCGACGAUCGGCAGUCGCGGCGACCGUGUCGCGUCCAAGUUCCUCGCGCCGUUCGGAGCAAGUGUCUCGGAGAAGAAGAUUCGGUAUUCGUUUCUCGGCGAACAGUCGGUCGGUUAGUCGUCUGAAAAUUCCUACGGGGCACGAAUCUCGCGCGCACGUUACGUGCGAGCCGAGUUAUUUUUCUCGCACGCCAAAACGAAAACUAGCCGAGCUAUUAUCGACGCGCACCGCUCUCGGCAAACAACGCGUAAUCGUCUUCGGCGAAAUUGAUAUCUCUGUAAUCUAUCGACGAUGCCACAUUGCACGACGCUCGGUUCGUGACGAUAUAUACGGGGUGUCGUGAACGAAAUACAAAACUCUCGAGCAAGAGUCCCGGAGGUGGACCAGUCUAGACCGCGGGUGCUGGUCGACGGGUUCCGUUGAAACGACCUCGCGGUAGAUCGGCGGCGACCACCUGGACCCAGGAACCGCGAAUCCAGAUCGGCGACGGGAACGCGCGGCGAUCGUCUCAUUGUAGGCGGCUCGGCGCUAUCUUAUCUCGACAUCGCGCGGCUCGCAAAGCAGGCGCGGAGAAGGCGCGUGUGCCGGCGCGGCUCGUGUCCCUGGGAGUUACGCAACGCCAGGCAGCAGGCGGUAGGACGAUGAAGUCGAAGACGAGUGCGAGCGAGAGCCUGAUAGCGAGUGAAAGCAGGGCGGGCAGAGACGGUGCCGACCAGCACAAGCAAAAACCGAUGAAAAAGGGUAAAACGUUUUGUCAGUCUUGUAAGAAGAAGUGCAGCGGGGAGGUUCUGCGGGUGCAGGACAAAUACUUUCAUAUAGGCUGCUUCAAGUGUGCCCAGUGCAACGCCAGUUUGGCGCAGGGUGGCUUCUUCGCACGUGAGGGUUCCUACUACUGCACCAAGGAUUAUCGGGAGCGCUGGGGCACACGGUGCGCCGGUUGCGGGGAGUACGUGGAGGGCGAUGUGGUGACAGCCGGCGAGAAGCACGCGUUCCACCCGAAUUGUUUCCAUUGCCAAAGAUGCCGGCAACCGUUGCUGGGACAAGGAACCAAGGUGUCCCUCGUUCAAGGUCAAGCGCUGUGUCAUCGAUGCGUCGGUAUCCCGGUUCGCGAGGCCUCCACGCCGAUCAGCAAUAGCGCCGGUACCAAAGGCGGCGGACACGCCGAUCCUGGUGCCUGUGCCGGUUGUGGAAAUCAAUUGAGGGAAGGUCAGGCAUUGGUCGCGCUCGAUCGUCAAUGGCACGUCUGGUGCUUCAAGUGUCACAGCUGCGACACCGUGCUUCAUGGGGAAUACAUGGGAAAAGACGGCGUGCCUUACUGCGAGAAGGAUUAUCAGAAGCAGUUUGGAGUGAAGUGCGCCUAUUGCAACCGUUACAUCAGCGGCAAGGUUUUGCAAGCCGGCGAUAAUCAUCAUUUCCAUCCGACCUGCGCGCGCUGCACGAAAUGCGGCGACCCGUUCGGCGACGGGGAGGAAAUGUACCUGCAGGGUGCCGCCAUAUGGCACCCACGCUGCGGCCCAGGACCCACCGGGCCCAAUGGCAUCGUGAACGGACACGGGGACGCUCACACCCCGCAGCAUCGGGAAUCGGAGCGAAUUUCCAGCAGCGCCUCGGAGAUGCAGUUUUCAUUGCGGUCACGCACGCCAAGCCUGAACGGAUCGCUGUGCAGCCCUUACAGCAGCCUCAGUCGCAAGUAUUAUCCUGCGCGAACUGGAAGCCCCGGCCUGAUUCUGCGAGAAUACGGACGACCGGCGGAAGAUGUAUCUAGGAUUUAUACUUACUCAUACUUGACUGAAACGCCCAGUCAGGGAUAUCUGCGACGUCCGAUACAGCCGUACGAUAAACCCCCCACUAGCCCGCAUUUCCAUAGACCUAGCUCAUCUCGUUCGAUAAGAAGCAGCGGUGGGCGCAGCAGUAGAUCAGGAAUGAGAGCUUUGGUCGAUGCACUGAGCGAUACCAGACCGAAAUCGCCGGCAAGUCAGGUGGAUAACGAAGAGCCGAUAGAAUUAGCGCAUUAUCCGGACGCCAUGAAACCACCGCCGGGCGCCCAACCGCCAAUCGAGAGAGAUGAUUUCCCCGCUCCGCCAUAUCCUUACACUGAUCCUGAAAGACGUAGACGAUGGUCCGACACAUACAAGGGAGUACCUGCAUCUGACGACGAGGAUGAUGUGGAUAACAAAACGUAUAUCAAGGAGGCGGAGCAGAAACUGAAAAAGGAGCAGGACGAAUUGAGCAAGAUCGACACGGGAAUAGCUAAGGUAUUCCUGCAAGAUCGCGAAAAAGAUCGGGAGAAUUUGAGACACAGAGCUGCGAACGUUGAUCCGAGAAACGCUUCGAGGACACCGUCUGCCGCCAGGGAACCAACGUACCGAUUGCGCUACGAAAGUCCCGUCGGUGCAUCGCCUUCGCGAAAUAUCGAUCAUGCACGACCUUGGGAGGAUGACGAUGGCUUCAGCUACAGAUCCAGCGGGCCUAGCUACAACGUUGGGAGGUCAUCGGCGCGCUCCCCGGCUCCCAGAAACUAUCCACCCCUUGGUACUCAGCGCGCCUUCACUCUUCCAAACGCCACUAGGCACUAUCACUCGGGCGACUAUUCGUUCAGCGGGAUGGGCGACAAGACGCACAGCACUGAUUUCUCGUCUGGCAAGUCGGACAUAUCAACAGGCAGCAUCACGGAUGUGGAUCGACGGGCAUUGGUAUGUACCACAGCCCCAUACUACUCCCGGCGAAUUAGCAUGAAUGAUGGUGGAAUCCUUCCAUCGUCCACCACGUAUACGGGUGGCCUAGGUUCGGUUGUUGGAACCCACGGAGGUCAUCAUGUAAGGAGAUCGCUGCCGGACAUGGGGGCUGCGCCAACCGAACCACCCAAGCUUUAUCCCUACCAUUUACUCGUUAUCACCAACUACAGGCUGCCAGCUGACGUGGAUCGUUGCAAUCUCGAGCGACACCUCUCCGAUGCGGAAUUUGAAGCUGUCCUACAAUGCUCCCGAGCGGAAUUCUACAGACUGCCACAGUGGCGUCGCAAUGAAAUCAAAAGACGUGCCCGUCUCUUUUAAUUCACGCCACACAUUUUGCUUUACUACACAUCGCAUCGUGUCGCGAUUGCGUUACUGCGGUACGGACCGUACAUUCCUACUGCGUGGGUAGAUGCAUCGCGGAGAAAAAAAUGUGUUCGACAACCAUUGCGAAUAUCUGCCGGCCGGCGUGUGCUCGCAAAAAUGAAAGUCCUAUAAGACUGGAGCGCGCGCGCGCGACGCAGACGCAUACGCACACAACACACAAUGUAAUGACGCGGAAGCACUGCCACUUGUCGUCAAUUUUUUUCUCGCAGCAACGAAUCCACAGGCAGCUUUAUCUAUGACCCGAUCUGUUUAGUGACGUAGUCGUUUCCGAGUUCCGUCUGUCGGAGCUCUACCGUGACUUGGUUUCACUCAUACACGUUGACGAAUACGCAAUGACAGUUGAUAUUAAUGUAGGAGAGGCGAUAAUCAAAUAGAAGAGAUUGCGAUUAAAACUCUUAAUACAAUUUGCUAUUGUAAAUAAGAAAUUAAUCGAGAAAUCGAAAAAGCGGCGUGAGGGAGCAGCUAGGAAAGUUUCAAAGUACAUAACCGCGUAUUCGCUAAAUUGCAUACAUACAUAUUAACUUUGUGGAAGAUUAUAACGCAAGAAAAAAACGCUAUUAUGUAGGAUUUAUCAUUAUUAAUUUUUAACUACUAUUAAUAUUAUUAUUAUAUUUUACUAUGUGCAACAUGAGUUAGGAGUAGGUGAGCCCAGCUUGCUGAAUGGUGCGAUUGCACUGAUUAAUUGGACGAUUUGCGUGUGACUUGUCACUUUUUAACUUACUCUGCGACGAGGAUUAAUUUAUAAAGUAGCUUGCGCGCAAAUGCGACGUCCUUGUGUGAGAAAAAAUAUCAAUUUGUCUUUAUCCUUUUAAUUAUCCGUGAUGUAUUAACUAAAGAAACGCUCUGCGGUGCGGAUUGCGAUAGACUUCUAUAAUCACUUAAUCACUCUACAUUAGAGUAUAAAUAAAAACAUCAGGACCAAAUUUAUAGUUGUGGUGGAUCUAACAAUAACAUGGAGAUGUUUUAUUACAUUUUAGCCAUAUAUGGACUUAUGUCACAUUCUAUUCAUAGCAAUUUUCGUAAAAUUUUGGAAGUGGCACAAGAGACCAAUUUUGAAAAUUUUUUAAUCUCGUAUUCAUAUUUACCUAUUUGGAACGAGUAGCGAUUCUUAAAGUUUUCUAUCUGAAAUUUGUACCAUUUUAAACUCGAGAAAGAAAUUUAUUUCAUGCAAAAUGCAUAAACCAUUCUUAUCGCGCAUUUCAUUAUAUUUCAAAAGUUGUUUCAUGUUGCUCUUAGAGUACAUGAUGAUUUCAUCAGCGAUUAUUACUAAUUAAGCGAAAAUUUUAAUUUUACGAAGCAUUUACCGCAGCAAUCAUCCUCCACCCUUAAAUUAGGUCCUGCACAGAAUUAAAAGAUUUCAAAGUAAUAGUUAAAGCAGUUGAGGUAAUACCGGACGUAUACGCGUCCAUUGAAUAGAGCUGAUUUAUGCGAAGCGAAUAAAGUUGAAUUUUCAUAUAUAGGUGAGAAACACGACGUAUCGAAGUUUCGAUUGUUACGCCGUAUGAUUAUUAUAUCUAGAUGACUUUACUACGUAUUUGGAUAUGCAUGCGUGCAAUAAGAUUGGCACGCUUCGUUCGAACGAAGUCACCGAACUACUUUGCUAUCGACGCGCGUGCGACAUUUUAUCAAAUCAGCUGCGUUUUAUUAUCCACACAUUUCGCCCCCUUACCUUAAGUCAUGUGCCUAACAAAUGAAUGUCGUGGGAUAUUUUAUGUGAAGAAGAGAGGAAUCGUUAAGCCUAAUCUACAAUGUGCUUUUGUAUCCAGAGACAUUUCUAUUUUAUAUAAGCAAAUCAAAACGC